GCGUGCUGGGGCAAAGCGGGGGUAGAGAGUCUGGGUCACUGCAGUGCCGAACUCGCUGAGCUGAGGGGAGGUAGCGGGGACCAAGGAUCGCGACCAGGAGCAGUGCGAGACCCAGACCCGCGUUUCGCUCGCGGCCGGAGGGACCGAGUUCCAGCCCGGGCUGGGCACCGACUCCCCCGAUCCCCUGGGGAGCCAAGGCGGUGGUGCCGUGACGGGGCGUCGCGCACUUGCACUUUGGAGCCCCGCGACUGGAUCCCGCUCUGGCCCGGGCUUGUCCCGUGACCCCUCCGACAACAGGAGCCUCCUCCCUUCCAUAGGCCUCCCCCCCGCGGCUGCCCCCUGGGAUAGCGGCCCGUCUCCCUGAUAGCUCGCCACCCCCUCUCCUGUAGCGAUAGACGCCUGCCUCUACUCUGUCAUGACAUGACGGGUGUCCCCGUUGCUCAGUAACUACCCCCCGCUAGUGGGGGUGCUGGACCCCCAGCGCCAGAGAGUGCGCGCCCGCAUCUCCCUUGCUGCUGCUGCUGCCUGUGUUGUGAUACAGCAGCCGGCCCCCGUGCCUGUGCGAAGUUGGGCUGUAGCGAAUGUCCCCAGGGUCACGCAGUCUGAGACCGUUCCCUGGCACCAGAUGCGUGUUCAUGUCGCAGUAUAUAGCCCUGCACCACCUGUUACCUCCUCCGUGCGUGGCUGGCGCCCCCUGCCCCAUUGCAGCCUGCCCUGAGCGGUGGUGCUGUUGAACAUGCCUCUGUUUGUCUCCUGUUGCUGUUUGCUGCUGCUGCUCCCACGGUGACUUUUUUCCUCCUGGGUUCCCGUGAUGGGCUCUGGGAGCUGAUUCGCCGGAGAGAUUUUUUUCGGGGGGUAAGGGAAAAAGAGGAUGAGCCACGUGGGCAGCCCAGUGAAAGCCUAUGACUUCUUGCUGAAAUUUCUGCUGGUGGGGGACAGCGACGUGGGCAAAGGUGAGAUCCUGGCUAGCCUGCAGGAUGGAGCCACUGAAUCACCCUAUGGGUACAACAUGGGUAUUGAUUACAAGACGACAACAAUACUUCUGGAUGGCCGUCGAAUAAAAUUACAGCUGUGGGAUACAUCGGGACAAGGGAGAUUCUGCACCAUAUUUCGUUCCUAUUCAAGAGGUGCUCAGGGGGUGAUACUGGUAUAUGACAUUACAAAUCGCUGGUCAUUUGAUGGUAUUGAUCGAUGGAUAAAGGAGAUAGAUGAGCAUGCUCCCGGUGUACCUAAAAUCCUGGUUGGAAACCGCCUUCAUUUAGCCUUCAAGCGUCAAGUCUCCACUGAACAAGCACAAGCCUAUGCCGAGAGACUUGGCAUGACUUUUUUUGAAGUUAGCCCACUUUGUAACUUUAACAUCACAGAGUCAUUUACUGAGCUGGCAAGAAUAGUGUUAAUGAGACAUGGGAUGGACCGGCUCUGGAGGCCAAACAAGGUACUGAGUCUGCAAGAUCUCUGCUGCCGUGCCAUAGUUUCCUGCACCCCAGUGCAUCUUGUUGACAAGCUCCCGCUCCCUGUUGCCUUACGAAGUCAUCUCAAAUCUUUCUCUAUGGCCAAUGGCCUUAAUGCCAGGAUGAUGCAUGGACGCUCCUACUCACUCACUGCCAGCAACAACAACAAAAGGAACAGCCUAAAGAAAGCUAAAAUUAUCCGUCCUCCACAGAGCCCACCAAAAAACUGUACGAGAAACAGCUGUAAAAUUUCCUAAACCUGAUGUGGCUGAAAAACAAGGUUGACUUUCCUCACGUGGAGCCUUGAACACAAGGAGUCCUGUUGAAUAGCUGAGCAUGCUCUGUGUAUCACAUGACAUUGACAAAAAUAAGGAAAGACUUAUUUUACAGUGUGCUCACUAUAACAAUGCUGCUUUGGAAUGAUUGAUGUGUUCUGUGCAACAGAAGUGGAUGUGACACUUUGCUUUUGGACUUUUAGAUUGGAAUUUUUGAUGUGCACAAUGCCUGUGUUUUGAGAUGUGUUUUUUAUAAAGGGAAUAAUUAUCAUUUUAUUGAGUUGUUAAUUACAAGAGAUCUUGGAAGUGACUUGUGUAAUUCACUAGAUCAAAAUCUGUUUUAUCACAAACUUCAUUUACAAAUAGGCAAAAAUUAGUGUGUCAGUUUGUAGAUUAAAGCAGAGAGUUUUUUUUUUAAAUGCAAUGUAUUGUAUACAUUGUACAUUUUACAAAUGGUGAGACAUUCUAGUACUAUUGAAGUAGUGGAUAUGAUUAUUUUUUGUACAACUUCCUUGGUAACCUCGAAGCACUAAUUUAACUAAGCUGCAAAUAUGUAUAUAGAAUAUUAUGCACAACAUGUUUUUGUCCCAUUAGUGUAUGAAGCAGAUUUGAUAAAGUUUUUGCUAUGUUAUUUAAUACUUCUGGGGAUUAAUCUGUGGUUUAUAUUCUUAUUUUUCUGUAAAUCUACAUUUUUUGUACCAGAUGUUCUACAAGGUAGUUCUAGGAAGAAAAUGCCAAAGACAAUAGUUGCAACAAGCAUAAGAAGAAUGUGACUGAAGAGCUGCUUUAUAGGGAAAGAACAAUAUUAUUUAAAAAUAAAUGUUCCUGGAAAAACAAA